AUGUCGUCGCCCUGCGCCCCUCGCACCAUGCUCCUCCAAGAGCCCACUCCAGAGCUCUUCUCAUCGCCGCCUCCCGCUUCAUCCGCAGCAGCCUGCUCACGGAAGCCCAAACGGCCACCUCCCAUCACUCCCAAGCGCUUCACUCGCUUCUUCACACCGCGACACUCCAAAGAUGUCUCUUCGCGUACUUCGCUCUCCCGCUCGGGCCGUCAGUUACAGGACAUCACCCGGUCAGCUCUGAACCGUGGCCGGGCAACGCGAAGUACCCCCCGAAAAACAGUCAACUUUGUCGACAUUGAGAAUCAGAUGCGCACCCCUCAGAGCAGCCGCAAGCGGAAACCCUAUCUGUCGCCUGAGAGUUCACCUGCCCAGUCGUCGCCCUCGAAACGAUCGCGUUACGUCACCCCUCCAUCACUCGACGCACCAGCCUUUGAUGUACUCGACGACUUGGCUGACCUUGAUGAGCCCGCCGUAUAUCCCACACCCAUUCGACGGCUGAAGCAACUGGGAGGACCGUCAAGAACAUUGCAACGGUCAUUUGGUGGCGUCGUCGGUGUAGGUCGCGGGUUUCGCAGAGACCAUGGCGCGUCAUGGCAGGACCAGACGGCCAACUUCUACAGUAGUUCAGACGACUUGCAUCAGUUACCCCAAGACGCCCCGCCUUUUUGCACUGCCAGCUGCAAUACCAACUCUUUACUCGCCAUUGGAGACGAAGAUGGAAACAUCCACCUGUUAGAUUCCGAAGGCGACUUUUCCAAGGCACAUUUAUCAUGGAAAGCUCAUUCCAACGCCAUCAUGGACCUGCAAUUCUCCUCUGACGACUCUCAUUUGGCAGCAGGGUCGGGUGACCAAACUGCACAGAUUGUCGAUGUUCGUACACAGCAGACUCUUGCUGUACUGGCCAAACACAAGUCAUCAGUAAAGCAAGUGCGUUUCCAGCCGGGCGAUGACAAGAUCGUAGCCACGUCCAGUCGAGACGGUGCUGUGCAGAUCUGGGACCUCCGAUGCAAAGGCAACCAAGGAUCGAUACAUUCAGCCUGGGGAUCCGAUGCCCCAUAUGCCAGUGUCGUCCGAACCCUUGCUUCAGCACAUGCCGACAUCAGCCUGCCGACAUCAGCGCUAUCCGCUACUCGAACCGCAUCAAGCAGCAAAGUGGAGAGCAUCAAUCGUCGAAACGACAUCUCGGUUACUGCUCUUACUUUCUUACCCCAAGGUCGCGAGCAUUUGCUCUUGACUGCCUCGGAUGCUUCCACGUGCGUCAAGCUCUGGGACAUCAGAGGUCGAUACUCUUUACGAGGUCCAGCCAUCCCCAUUGCGACUACACGGCACCCCGAAUCCCAUAACCGCCACCGACACUUUGCCAUCAACUCACUUACCCUUAGUGGCGACGCAUCCCGACUCUACGCAUUAAGCAAGGAUAACACCGUUUACGCUUAUUCUACAAACCACCUUAUCCUUGGUGUAGCUCCUGAACUCUCUUCGACAUCCGCAUCGAAACAAAAAUACUGCGGUGUUGGCCAAGAAGGUCUUGGGCCCAUUUACGGCUUCCGUCACCAGAGCUUCCACGCCGGUUCAUUCUACGUCAAGGCAUCUUUGCGAAAGACUUGCAACGAUCAGACGGAGAUGCUCGCAGUUGGCAGCACAGACGGCGGUCCAGUAUUGUUCCCUACUGAUGAAACAUUUCUUAAGCGCGAAAUCCGACACGACGACGACACAGAUGACCUCCCGGACAUUACUGCCCUGACCGGAAAAUCCUCUAGACCAUUGCUAUCCCGUUCAACUACCAACAGCCGUUGUCCAGACACGAUUCCUAUCUACGAGCAUGGGACAGCUCUUGUGCGAGGUCACGACGCCGAAGUCACCAGUGUUUCGUGGGCACGCAACGGUAGCCUGAUCAGUGUAAGCGAUGACUUCCGCGUGCGAAGGUGGAAAGAGGGGCCCCAGGCGAGGGAGCUCAGGACAGGCGGAGAGAGCGAGGGUAGAAGGUGGCAAUGCGGAUGGGCUGUUGUUAGUCAAGAUUAUGACGACGACGAUGAGUAG